AUGCCUCAGGCUCAGCCGGAACUCAAGAAGUACCUUGACAAGCGCCUGUUCGUGCAGCUCAACGGCUCUCGCAAGGUUAUCGGUGUCCUUCGCGGCUACGAUGUGUUCCUGAACAUUGUCCUUGACGAGGCCAUCGAGGAGAAGGCUGGUGGCGAGAAGGUCCGCAUUGGCAUGUGUGUCAUCCGCGGCAACUCCGUCGUCAUGCUCGAGGCCCUUGAGCGCAUUGGCGGCGAUGAUCGUCAGCACCACAGGUAG